AUGAGUUACAAUUGGUAUCUUAUAGACUUUCUGCUCAUUGUCAAUUUCUAUUACCAGAUUGUUACUCUCGAUGAUCCUCAUGAUGAUAUUGAUCCUAUUUUCGUUGGUAAAACGAAAAGAUCUCGAAGUAAACAGUUUAUGUAUGAUGCAGCAUUCGAUGAAGGAGCUACACAGAAAGAAGUUUUCUUAGGUACUACAAAGCCUUUGAUAAAGAGUGUUUUGGCUGGAUUCAAUGCUACAGUCUUUGCUUAUGGAGCCACUGGAGCUGGUAAAACUUAUACCAUGGUUGGUAAGGACGAUAAUCCUGGCAUUAUGAUAUUAACUCUACAAGACCUCUUUCAUCAAAUGGAAAUAACCCAAAAUGAAAUGCAUUAUCGGGUUAAAAUGUCUUAUAUCGAAGUUAAGAAAUUAUUACUGAAAGGCAAUGAGGAAAGAACCUGCGAACCCACAGCCGCCAAUAAAACUUCUUCAAGGUCCCACGCGGUAUUGCAAGUAACUGUAGAAAAGGAGGCUAAACUACGACAGCUAAUACAAAGAGUGGAAGUGGGUAAAUUAUUUAUGAUUGAUUUGGCUGGUUCCGAACGCGCUGCCAAUACCCAGAAUCGUGGUAAAAGGUUAAUGGAAGGUGCUCAUAUUAAUCGAUCUCUACUAGCUUUAGGCAACUGCAUCAAUGCUCUAAGUGAAAAUCGAGGACAUUAUGUUAAUUAUCGCGACAGUAAAUUGACAAGAUUGCUCAAGGACUCACUAGGUGGUAAUUGUCAUACUGUAAUGAUUGCUAAUAUCAAUCCGACUGAUCAACAUUUUGAAGAAUCAAGAAAUACAUUAGUUUACGCCCACCGAGCCAAGAAUAUACAAAUUCGUGCUAAGACGAAUAAAUACGAUGUCGCACAACACAUUGCAGAGUAUGGUCAAAUUGUUGACGAUUUAAGACAAGAAAUUACUAGAUUAGAGACAAAACUUCAUGAUUAUGAAUCGACCGAUCAUCCUCUUAUACAAUCAGGUAGUUAA